UCUCUGCACGUGCGGUACCGUUUUGGAUUGCCUUCCGCAACUCGUCAAUAUUUUAGGCGCGCAGGGUGCUGUUGAAGUCGAAGUACUUUUUCCAUUCCCAACAAAAUUUCUCAAGUGGCGCACAGAUAAUAUAAAUACAAUACGAUACAGUUUAUUUUCGGUACUACAUAAAAAAAUAAAAGAACUGUUUGCAUAUUUGCUUGGUUGACUAAUGCCCGAUGGCAGAACGAGCGUAUUUAUCAUACCAAUUGUUGGCCAAAUAUUAAGUCUCAAACCGAUGAACAUUUAAAUUAAAAUUCAACUCUUGCAUAUCCGUCCACCAAAAAGCUUGGCUCUUAAUAGGAUUUAAUUUAUGUUCAAAAAAUCUGCAACACAUUUGCAGAGCAGCGGGAAACCAUUUGACGUAAAUAGAAAAUAAAAUAUAGACAGAAGAAAAGGAGCUUGCUUUUGUUUUUGUCUGCAGGAAAAAGGAAAUACUCGUAGAUAAAAGAAAUUAAUGCAACUGAUUUAAUAUACACAACAAUAGCAACAACACGUGCAUGAAGGGCUUAAAACAGGAUACGCUGCUACCGAAAUCUUGUUUGCAUUAGCUGCCCACAGAUAUCCAAAAAGUUUUUCGGACCCUUCGCAACAAACACACGAGAUGUCGGAUACGGCAUCGUUUGAAAUGGGGUCGGUGGAUCGACCGAAUCGCUUCCAAGUGAAUCCCGUAAACCAUCAAAAGAACAACAAUGAGAACAACGAAAACCGCAAAUCACACGCCCUCCCCCCAACCGACCCAGACUCGGAUGGUACCCACGAAGUUUACCGCCGGCUGACCAACAUCGAUGGUGACCUCCUCGAGGACGACACUUUCGAUGCGACACAGUUGCUGAACAAACAACAGCCCCGGCAACAGAGGCAGUCCAUCAAGAGCAGUUUUCGGGACAAGGAUAAGCCGUCACGCUUCAAAGAUCUGCAGACAACGACGCGCUUUCAAGUGGAACCCCAAAAUGAGGAGUCCGAUUCAAAUGACUCUCAGGAGGAUCGCGAACUGCUCGAGAAUGAAUACGACACAAAGUAUGGCAAGAGCUUUAGGCACUUUACGCGUGAGGCGUUGCCACGCCUCGAUAACUAUCGCAACAUGAUGUCCAUACAGGCGGCCUAUCGGCCAACGCUCGACGAGCUGCAUAAUGCAACGCUUGUGGGCAAGAAUACGCACAGCUUACAACGCAAUCAGGAUUUGGAGGCGGGCAAUAUGAAUGGUAUGCUGAAAUUCGGUUGGAUCAAAGGUGUGCUCAUUCGAUGCCUGCUCAACAUAUGGGGAGUGAUGCUCUUUCUCCGCCUCAGCUGGGUGGUCGGCCAGGCCGGCAUCAUCGAGGGCUUUAUAUUAAUACUGACAACGACUGCUGUCACGACUAUCACGGCGCUGUCAAUGUCAGCGAUAAGCACCAAUGGCGUCAUUAAAGGAGGUGGCACUUACUACAUGAUAUCCCGCUCGCUUGGCCCCGAAUUCGGGGGCUCCAUUGGCCUGAUUUUCUCGCUGGCAAAUGUCGUCGCCUGUGCCAUGUAUGUGGUUGGUUUCUGUGAGUCCAUGCAGGCCAUGAUGUCGAGCAUGGGCUGGUAUAUUGUCGAUGCUGGUCUCACGGACGUGCGCAUUGUGGGCAGCAUCACAAUACUGCUGCUGCUCAUCAUCGUUGUGGUGGGCAUGGAAUGGGAGGCCAAGGCACAAAUCGGACUACUUGUCAUUUUGUUGGCUGCCAUUGCGGACUUUCUUGUUGGCAGUUUCAUUGGACCCAAGAGCACAGAGGAAGAGGCCAAGGGUUUCUUAGGCUACAAUGCUACGUUACUCCAAACGAAUCUAUUUGCGGACUAUCGGGACGACAAUGAUUUCUUCUCCGUUUUUGCCAUAUUCUUCCCAGCUGCUACUGGCAUUCUGGCGGGUGCCAACAUUUCUGGUGACUUGAAGGAUCCACAAAAGUCCAUACCCAAGGGCACCAUCUUGGCCAUAGUCAUCACCACCGGCACUUAUCUGCUGAUGGUUGUCGUCUGCGGCAGCACCGUGGCCCGAGAUGCCACUGGCAAUUUGACGGACAUUGUCAACGGUUCCUAUGCGUUUCUGCAGAACUGCUCAUCGGUCAAGUGCGACUAUGGACUGCAGAAUUCAUUCCAGGUAAUUGAGUUGGUCUCUGGCUUUGGGCCGCUCAUCUAUGCGGGUUGUUUUGCCGCCACGCUCUCCUCGGCAUUGGCUAGCUUGGUCUCGGCUCCAAAGGUGUUUCAGGCUCUAUGCAAGGACGAGCUGUACCCAAAGAUUGUGUGGUUCGCCAAAGGCUACGGCAAGAACAAUGAGCCAGUGCGGGGCUACAUCUUGACUUUUGUCAUUGCCACAGCCUUCAUACUCAUAGGCAGGCUCAACCUGAUUGCGCCGCUCAUCUCGAACUUCUUUCUGGCUGCCUACAUGUUGAUCAACUUCAGCACAUUCCACGCCAGCUUGGCUAAACCUGUUGGCUGGCGACCAACCUUUAAGUAUUACAACAUGUGGCUGAGUCUGCUGGGCGCCGUGCUCUGUGUGGCUGUGAUGUUCCUGAUUUCCUGGGCUACAGCGCUUAUCACGUUCUGUGUGGUGCUGGCAUUGUACUUAAUUGUCGCCUAUCGCAAGCCUGACGUCAACUGGGGCUCCACCACACAAGCGCAGACCUACAAGAAUGCGCUGAUGUCGGUGCAGCAGCUGAAUAAUGUAGAGGACCAUGUCAAGAACUAUCGUCCCCAGAUAUUGGUGCUCUCAGGGCUGCCCAAUGCACGACCUGUGCUGGUUGACUUUGCCUACAUGUUGACCAAGAAUCUAUCACUAUUAGUUUGUGGUCAUGUGCUGCGCGGAUCUGGCUCGCAGAAGUAUCGCAACUAUCUAAAGGAUCGGGCAUCCAACUGGUUCAGAAAGCAUCGUGUUAAGGGUUUCUACGCAUUGGUUGAUGGUGAGGAUUUUGAGUCGGGCACGAGGGCGUUGAUGCAGGCCACAGGCAUUGGCAAGCUGAAGCCGAAUAUUAUUCUAAUGGGUUACAAGACGGACUGGCAAACCUGUGACCGCAAGGAGCUCGUGCAAUAUUUCAAUGUCAUGCACAAGGCUUUGGACAUGUAUCUGUCUGUGGCCAUAUUGCGUGUGCCGCAAGGCUUGGACUGCUCUCAGCUGCUGGGUUCACCGGAGGGUGGUUGGACGACAGCCAACUACAAUCUGGAAGUGCCACGCACGCUGCAACCCAACGAGAGCUCUGGUGACUUGCAGGCAACGGAGCACAAUGCCCGGAAUCCACUCAGUGGCAGCGUCGACUCGCUAAGUCGCAAUGUAUCGCAAGAUGCCGCCAACAACACGGGCCGCAAUGAGAAGGGCCUGAAGUUAGCCAAAUUGCGUUUCCAGCAAGGCCUGCGCAGAAUACGCUCUUGGCCAGCUGUGGAAUUUGAGUCUUCUAGCACCAGUGACUUAUCCUUUACUCCCGGCAAUCAGACGAAGGAUGUCUCGGGCAUGCCCGAUCCACUCGAUGUAAAAUCUCCCUUCGAACAGCCGAAUACAAUCAGGAAAUCGAAGCAGAAACACGAUGAUCCAGUCUCGCUCUAUAGAGGUCCUGGCGGCGUCGAGUUGCCCAAGGACGUGCUGGCUGACUUGACGCAAUUUACGCGUAAACGCAGCCAUGCCAUCAUCGAUGUCUGGUGGUUAUACGACGACGGUGGCCUCACCUUGCUCUUGCCUUACAUCAUAAGUACGCGGCGCACCUGGCAAUCAUGCAAAUUGAGAGUCUACGCGUUGGCCAACAAGAAAGCAGAGUUGGAGUUCGAGCAGCGCUCUAUGGCCAGUUUGCUGUCAAAGUUUCGCAUUGAUUACUCGGACUUGACGCUGAUACCGGACAUUACCAAGAAGCCGCAGGAGUCAUCUACGCAGUUCUUCAAUGAGCUGAUCAAGGACUUUGUGGUGGUCGACAAGGAGAAUGGCAGCAAAGCGACGCUCAAUGAGGAUGAAGCUCUUAUUAGCGAGGAUGAUCUGCUUGCUGUGGUGGACAAAACGAAUCGGUAUUUGCGUCUGCGGGAAUAUCUUCACGAGCAGUCGACGAAGUCGGAUCUGGUUGUGAUGACGCUGCCGAUGCCCCGCAAAAAUAUUGUCUCAGCUCCAUUGUACAUGGCCUGGCUGGAGAGUCUCAGUCGAGAUAUGCCGCCAUUCCUCUUUGUGAGAGGCAACCAGACGAGCGUUCUUACAUUCUAUUCGUAGUCAGCAGGAUUCGUGUCUUUUUUUAUGUACCCAAUUUAUGAUUGGUUCUAUUUAUAUAUACUGUUGGCCAAAACUCACUUCGUAGUUGAAAUGAGCACAAGAUUUUUACCAUUAUUCUAGUUUGUACUAUAAAUGUAUUUGUAUUUAUAUUUGUAUUUAUAUUUAUAUAGGCUGACCGAAUCCCUCUCUAUCUCUCUCUCUCUCUCUCUACACUUCACACGCAAACCGAAUCCCAAACGCACGCGAGAAACAUUAAAUGUUAUACAGAGUUGAAUUUCUUUUUUUGUUUGGCAUUUAUUUGAGGAAUUGUUUUGACUUUCAUUGCAUGUUCCGAUUACAAAUGACCUUUGUCUAAUCUCACUUUCGGGGGCGCAACAACUCGUUGAUAUUGUCGACUUUCAGGCAGCUCACGUCUCACGUUUUCCUCUUUCGAUUGCAUUGGCGUGUAAUUGAAAUAAUGUCGACCACGACCUAAAGGAACAUUUUGUGGCCCAAUGCUUGGGAUUUUCCUGUUUGCCAGUCGGCAUAUUAAUUUCUUCAUUUGGCUUUUAACUGCUCUGCUGCUGGCCGCUUUCGAUUGAAUGGGCAUGAUAGUCCUGUUCGGUUUGGUUACGAGUCGUAAACUCGCAAUUCAAUUUAUUACAAAGUAAUUUAGUUUCAUUUUUUAAUUGCUGCUACGUUUCCGGUUCAAUAAACUUUAUGCCGUUGUCUGGAGUCGGUGGGUUUAACAAGCUUGACUGAAGACCGAUACCUUUUACUUAGUUAGCCGUGUCUGACUUUCAGUUAAAGGAAAGGGAUGUCCGAAAAGGAAGAUGGAAUUAUAUCAUGAUCCCUUAAAUCAUCCAUUUUACAGCACAAAUAUUAGUAUGGUAAGAAACUGCCCUCAAGCUUACUUGUUGAAUUUUCUUUUCCAUUCUGCGAAUUAUUUUCUUUUUCGUGUUUAUCCAACUGAAUGAGUCAGUCGCAGUGUAUUAUCAUUUCAUUGGCCGGAUUUCAGAGCAUUAAUGUCAAAGCCUAUUGUAAAUAAAUGCAAUUCUCGUCUGACACUUUAAUCAGGUCGUAAACCCUCCGAGAGUUUGUGGCUGAGAACUGCAGAAAAUUACAUUUAAAUUGUAUAAUUAAUGUGAGCGAUUGUAAUUGACAGUAAAUAUAAAUUAAUGCAAUUUAAUGUAGAGUAAAAUAUACCACAUUUUAAUUAAUAAUAUUGCUUUCAAUUUGGUCAGUAAUCUUCAGGUUGUCUGUGAGAUUUUCUCCCUUACACAUAAAUAAAUAUUUAAUGUGUAAGCGCACAGUUACCAAGAGGAGACAAACAUUGUUUGUUUUUUGUCCUGGGGGUCAAGACUCGUUUUGGGGCAGACGCUUGACCAGUUUUCAGUUUCUUGCACCUAGUGUCAAUUUCCUUUCGGAGCUGAUAACUUUGUUUGUUUACUACGUUUAUUGUUUACCAAUUUUCUCUUCUUCUCGUACACGCACACACGCAUGGCUAUGUAUUUUCUUUUGAUUGAAUUUUGUCGUCGAAGCAACUUUAACAUUGCGUAUACGUAAUAUAACUUGUCUUGGCUCGCAUUGCGGGUGACGGUGAAAAAUUGCCGACAUUGCGUUGAAAGGCAAUUAACAGCGAGUGUGUAGAAUGUUAAGACGCGCUUGAGCUAACUCACAUGCAUAUGCAUAAACAUGAAACUUGUACUUAGUAUGUGCGCCUCAAAGUAUGCAGCACUAAUAAAUUCAGAUACACCUACGCAAAGCAGAAGCUUUAUUAUUGUGUAUAGGAGUGCGGGUGUGUGUAUGUGUGCGUGAGUUGGUGUGUGUGUGUGUGCUAAAGCGUGUAAUGGACUAAGUUUCACAUGCGAGCGGUCGUUGGUUAAAUCAAUUAAGUUUUUGUUAGAGAUGGAGGCCAACGCGAAGUGAACUCGUGCGUGUCGAAAGUGUUUGGCAGCGGAUGCUGCAAAGGCAACGACGCAUCAGCCCAUCAGGACAUCAGCCCAUUUCAGGCCAUCAUCAUCAUGUUCGGCAGAACAAAACACUUUGGCAGCCGUUUAAACACUAUACGUGAUGUAUUUGUCGCCGCUUUUGUACUGUUAAAGUUCUGCCAACCACAAAGCAAGAGACAGGCUGAACUUUGUUAUUUGAUUGCCCAACUCUAAGUUGCUUACCCCCGCUUACACUCUUUGUCUGGUUGUCGUUUCGCAUUGUCACUACACUUGACAGCGAUAAAACCCUCUGUCUGAGCAAAGUAACCAAGAAAAUAUCAUUCUGUUGCUAGUGAAACUUGAAGAACAAAGUCAAACUGGCUCCACACUAGCGAUAAAUUGAAGAGAUUGAUUCCACGGAAAAAUACAACUUGGUGGAUCAAUCCUUUCAAUUUCAAAUAAGUUUGUCGAAUUUCAGCCCAAUUUCAGUUGCUAAAGUGUGUGAGUGCGUGGAAAACUCUUUAUUGUUGCUCUUGUAUUUAUUUCACGCUAAGGCAAUUGCUGUUCUCCUUCUGCCUCGUAAAUCGCAUCGAAUUGUUCUUGCUGCUUAAUUUAAACGUGUUGUACACAUGUCUAUGACCGAAUGACUUUGUUGUUGUGCCACACACUCACACACACACAGACGUUCCCACAUCCGUUUUACGAACAACACAUAUGUGCCUCGAGCACAUGAGGGGAGGAUUUCAUUAAAAUUAUAUGGGAAAAGUUGUCGAGUAUCGCAGUGGCAGUUACAGACAGAGGAAAUUACUUACUUGGGUUCAGUUGGAGAAAGUGCUGCUGCUGCUGCUUUGGGCGGAUUGGCUAAUUGCGCUUUCAUACUCGUAAAUCGCACUGAGACACUCCGGAGACUUUGGGGUUUGAGUUAUUCCCUUGGCAUCGGCACAUAAAUAUUUUGGCUAUUAGAAAGCCGCUUAGCUCUUGAAGAUGUCCUUAAAUUGUCUAUUUUUGUUGAUUUUUAAUCUUUUUAUUGUCACAAAAUUGUUUGAUAAGCCGCUCUCAAAUACUUGUUAAUGCCGAAAGUACAAAUUUGCCACGCAUCGUAAUUUUCAUAAAACUGCGACGCAAUUGCCUUACACUCAUUUAUAGUCCUCCAAUCUUGAAUUAAUCCAGUGUCAUAAGCCUUUUUGUUUCGACUUCGUGAGCUUGCAGCGGCAAAGUCAGUUUUGAUUGGGGAUUUAAAAUUUGAGUGCGAAAAUCGAUCAUAAAACUUAAUCCAAUUAGACAUUUUAAGAGCAAAGUACUUUCUCUGCUGAGCUUAUCAAGUAGAAGACUUCUUCUCGAUUUCGUAUUAUUAUCGAAAUUGUUGAAUUGCCACUCGAACAGCAGCAGCAGCAGUAGCGGCAGCCGAAACAUUGUCCAUUGAAUGCUGGGGCUGUCUCGCAUGACUGAUCAAGAGGUUGAGAGGACUUGACAAAUGAAUCGACGAGCAAAAGUGUAACUGUUUUGGCCCCGCAUCGAGAGUCUGACCUGUAUCAAUAAUUCAGUUAUGUGUUCGACACGGUAAUUAAAAAUUGAGAGCACGCAGAAAAAGUGCUGCCUACUUUUAGGCGUGGGCAUAAAUCACACGGAUCCGCCAAAACACGUGCGGGUCGUAAAGGCUACCGACACACAUUAAGCUGUCAGCACGACGCGGGCAUAAUUACAAAUUCCAGGCCACACAUUAUAGUCCUAAAUCAAAUGCCAUUGCGGAAACGUUAAUGUGGUCGCAAUUGCAUGAAAUUAUCACGCACCAACAGCAGCAGCAACGCAGACGAUAACAUGAACUAGGUUUUGGUUACCUUAGGGAUCUAGGGAACUGUGGGGAGCCGAAUGUCAUUAGCUUGCAGUAAACUAACAUUGGCACGAUAACAUGCGGCGUAUACGUAACGCGCGACACGCUUUAACUGCUGGCGACGGACAGUCUGCAAAGUUGCAAGUGCAAAUGUGGGCAAUGAAUUGGCCAGAAUCUUGCGUGAAACCCAACAAAGUUUUGAAUAAUUGCACAACGCUGACACAGCGGUAUUUCAACAGUCGUUUUCGGUGAGUCGACUAAACGCGAAUGCUAAAUUAAAGGGCCGAUAGACAAUCGCUUUAAAAAAACCAAACGAAAAUGAAAUAGCGUAAACAUUCGCGUGAAGGCAAAUAAACAAAUUCUUUUUUAACAAGAAUUUAUGUACCCUCAACCCAUCGGGAACGAAGACGGAGAUGGAGACUCUGCUACCCAAAUAGAAGUCUCUGAGAUGCCUUAAAACGACGGUGUUGCCCUUGCGCUCGACCAAACAUAGGGGAAGGAAACUUUACAUAGCUGAUCCUUGUGCUAGCCUCGUGCAGGAUUUUAUAUUCGUACUGUUGGUUCGCAGUUGCUUUCCCACUCGUGGCAUUAUGUUUCUAAAAUUAUAUUUGACACGCGUUUAUCGCAUAAAUACUGCGCGUGUAUCUCUGGUCUGUAAACUCAACGCACUACAUGCGCCAGUCUAUCUGUGUGUGUGUGGGUUUCUGUGUAUACGUGCACUCGCAUGUGCCGAGUAGGAAAAGCUCUCCAUCCACUUCUGAUUUUGCUCCCUGUCCACUCAAGUGGUUGUCCAUAAACGCGCCCAUAUUUACUGCCGCAUCAUCGUCAUCAUCAUCAUCGAAGCUGUAGCUGUAGCUGAAGCUGAAGCUGAAGAAACGUCGCGUUUGCUCUCUAACCUUUUGUAUCACAACAUUGGCGGGGUCCAGGCACCAUGUCCUGUCUUGGAAUUUGGGUCGACAAGGAGAAAGAUGUAGCUUACGAGGUAUGCUUCGAGUGCUGUUACUGCUGCUGGUUUUUUGGCUCAUAAAGUGAGCAAGCGUAGUUUGUUUGCCAGGCUUUAAGCAUGGCCUCUAACAAGGACUUCUAAAUUAUUUACUAAGCAUUUAUAUAUACAGCAGGACGCUCCACGCGCUCCUCUGUGUAUAUAUGACAAGACUUUCGCGACUGGCCUCGGGAAUAAAGCACUAAACAUUUUUAAUGAAGCUGCAAAUCGAAAGUUUCCGUUUAAAUGUCUCCUGCCAUCCAAGUCGCGGCUGCCUUCGGGGAGCGUCAAUGAACAAAAAUCCAAAGACUGUGACAAUUGCAAUAUUUGGUCCGUCACGUGUAUACAAUAAAAUACUUCAACCGCCAGCCAAGAUGCAAAGACAAGGCGAAGACGAAGACGAAGAACUCGGCAACAGGCGUUGGCUAAAAAAAAGUAGGGAGAGAUGAAAAUUGUCAGAGUUUUUCUGUACUUUUCAAAGCUUAAAUUUUUUGUUUGUCUCUAGCUCGCAUGGGACGUGAAAUGAAAAAGUUAUAGCUGGCAUUAGCUAAAAGUUACGGCAAAUUAGCAAGAUGCUGACACAAUUCUCGCCACGCAUUUCCUCAUCAGAUGUGAACUCGCUGUUAUAUAUAUGUAUAUAUGCAUUCAUAAGCAGGAAUUAUACGAGUAUUUGCUGCUGCUUUUCUACGCCUGCUUACACUUCUUAUUUAUCUUUUCAUUUGGCGUACAGCUUCCUCAAUCUCGGGCUCUCGCAAAAAAUAUGCACAUCUUUAAGAUACAUUUGCCUUUUUUAGUAAUUUUUGUAAUGCAACU